CCAGCUGAUGGCUGGCUGUAAAUACCUUUGGUUGUCAGGAAGUGAACUAGUGUGUGUGCCAACUGGAAAAUUAAGGGACAAAACACCUUCAAGCAAAAAUAACCGAAUGAAAUAAUCGUGCCUUUGAGGGUAUAGUAAUUAUAUUUUCAAGAAAACUGGAACGUAUCAGCUUUGGACAUGGAGAAGAAGCAUGGAAGGAGUCAACCAUGGGGGAAGUUAGUAAAAGUGGACACUCAGUCUGAAGUAUUGCUUGUCAACAGGGAAUGCACUGUCGGGCGAAGAAAAGGCUGUGAUCUUUCCUUUCCUGCUAACAAACUGGUCUCGGGGGAUCACUGUAAGAUAGUGCAAGAUAAGAGCUCAGGAUUGGUGUGGCUGGAGGACACAAGCACCAAUGGUACAGUGAUUAACAUGUCUAAGCUGGUGAAGAAGCAGAUUCAUAUGCUGCAGAAUGGAGACGUCAUCUACUUUGUAUACAGGAAAAACGAACCAGAGCAAAACCUUGCCUACAUGUAUCAGUCCAUAAAACCAGAGAGGACAUUCUCACAAGACACAAUUGGUGGUGCCACCAGAUGCUCAGUAAUGCAGCAGAAAGUCCAGACCUGCCCUGUUACAGCAGCAGUAUGUGUGUCUGUGGAGCCAUUCCUUGUUGGACCUCCACGGGAGCAGCAGGCCUUGGAUGAACCCCAGCCCUCCACCUCCUCCCACCUCCUCCACACAGUCUCCUCCUCUACAGCCUGUUCCUCUGCAGCCUCCCUCCUGCACACCUCUGCCUUAGACACACGACAGACUGAAGCCCAGAACCGAGUCACAAUGUUGUAUAAGGAGGGGGACAUGGAGCCAGAGAGAAAAAGGAGGAAAACUGACAGUGCUGACAAGGACUAUGAUUUUGGACUGCCACAUACUUCCAGUAUUGCUGUGGUUGGCCCCAGCCCAGCUAAGGUUUUUCUUAUCGGGGAUCUGUUUGGAAAAGCUGCUGUGGCUGUGACUGUGGAAGAAGCCAAGACUGACAAGAUGGAGGAGUCCCUAACCUGUAUCAUCUGUCAGGACCUACUUCAUGACUGUGUCAGCCUGCAGCCCUGUAUGCACACCUUCUGUGCUGCGUGUUACUCUGGCUGGAUGGAGCGCUCGUCUCUCUGCCCCACCUGUCGCUGCCCCGUAGAGAGGAUCCGCAAGAACCACAUCCUCAACAACCUGGUGGAGGCCUACCUUAUCCAACACCCGGAGAAGUGUCGCAGUGAGGAGGACCUGAAGAGCAUGGACAGCCGGAACAAGAUAACUCGGGACAUGCUGCAGCCAAAGAUUGAGCGUUCCUUCUCUGAUGAAGAGGGCAGCUCUGAUUAUCUCUUUGAGCUCUCCGACAACGACAGUGACACCUCCGAUAUCGGCCAGCCUGUUGUGAUGUGCAGACAGUGUCCAGGCUACAGGAAGGAGGUCAGCCAGGUACUGUGGGCCACGGGGCUAGCCCCUCUAGGACCAGCCCUACCAACUCUUCUAGGACCAGUCCUACCAGCCCCUCUAGGACCAGCCCCACCAGCUCUUCUAGGACUAGUCCUACCAGCCCCUCUAGGACCAGCCCCACCAGCUCUUCUAGGACCAGCCCCACCAGCUCUUCUAGGACUAGCCCCACCAGCUCUUCUAGGACCAGCCCCACCAGCUCUUCUAGGACCAGCUCCACCAACUCUUCUAGGACCAGCUCCACCAGCCCCUCUAGGACCAGCUCCACCAGCCCCUCUAGGACCAGCUCCACCAGCCCCUCUAGGACCAGCUCCACCAGCCCCUCUAGGACCAGCUCCACCAGCCCCUCUAGGACCAGCUCCACCAGCCCCUCUAGGACCAGCUCCACCAGCCCCUCUAGGACCAGCUCCACCAGCCCCUCUAGGACCAGCUCCACCAGCCCCUCUAGGACCAGCUCCACCAGCUCUUCUAGGACCAGCCCCACCAGCUCUUCUAGGACCAGUCCUACCAGCCCCUCUAGGACCAGGGGAAUUAUCAACAUGCUCUGAUGUCCCCACUACAGCUCCUCAGGAUUACACCUGUCCUCCUCUGGGCAGCCAUGUCAUCUGCACCUGCUGCCUGCAACCCAUGCCAGACCGCCGCGCAGAGCUCAUUGGCCAGCAACUCUCCGCUCAGCAAUGUGUGGCGUGCCUGCGGCCCUUCUGUCACAUGUACUGGGGCUGCCAGAGGAUCGGCUGUCAGGGCUGCCUCGCACGUUUCAGUGAACUCAACCUUACAGACAAAUGCCUGGACGGUGUUCUGAACAGCAAUAACUAUGAAUCAGAGAUCCUCCAGAGUUACUUGUCAGCCAGAGGAAUGUCGUGGAGGGACAUGCUACAGGAGGGUCUUCAGGGCCUGCAACAGGGAACCUUCUAUCUGUCUGAUUAUCGCAUCAACAGUAACGCCAUACUCUGUUUCUGCUGUGGCCUGCGAGCCUUCGGGGAGCUGGCCUACAAAUACAGACAGAACAUCCCUGCCUCGGCGCUUCCUGCUGUUGUGACGUCUCGGCCAGACUGUUAUUGGGGACGCAACUGCCGUACUCAAGUCAAGGCACACCAUGCCACGAAAUUCAACCACAUAUGUGAGCAGACCCGUUUCAAGAGCUGAAGAGCCUCGUAGGUGACCUGCUAUGCAAGGCUCUCCUGCGAACACUGGAGCGUACACAGACUUCCAAGGAUCUCCUGUAUUACUCUCAUAUGUACAGUGAUCAUUUUACUCCCUUAUUAAGCAGCGCCUUGCCGUGAGGAAAGGUAUCUCUUAGGUAAUAUAACUUGUAGUUCUCUCACAGGCUUUAUAGGCUUAUGUAUUUGAUGAUAUGCUGAAAUUACAAUCACACUCUUUUUGCUGGGUCAUGAUUAGCCAGCCUAGUGUUAUAGGUAUAGUAGGGGUGAGUGGGAUAAUGCUAUGCACUCCACACAGUAAGAGAGGAUUCCCCUAUAUGAUGAUGACAUACUUAUAUCUUAUGUGGAAUACGAUCAUCAUCGCCCUUCAUUCCAGUAUCAUGUCCUUUUGGGUGAGGGAUAUAUAAAAUAAAUCUACUGAAGACCGUUGGCAAUCAAAAUGGACUUUGGCCAUACAUGUGCUGUUACACAGGAUGCAAUGCCAUCUUUUGUGACAGUUUAAGGAUCAUAUUGAUGUUAGUAAGAUGUUGAUACUUUUCCUAUUUCCGUGUUUUCCUUUCUCUUAACUUGUGGUCUAGUACUUUAGAUAUCUUGGAGAAUUAUGUAUUUGAAUUAGAAUCUAGAGCUUCCUACUCAACUGCUUACUGUGGUGUUCUAAACAUCUAAGUAGUAUUCGUAUGUUGGUUAUAGAAACUUCCCCCCAAACAAACUAGGUUGAAGCACAGCUAUGUUAUCAAAAGACUUAUCCAUAUACAGACUUUGAGGUUUCUUGUGGUUCAUAUAUAUGGAUGACAGAUUCAGUGGCACCAUUUUGAAUUCAGACUGUUGCUGCUUCUGCAUAUUAAUAAGACUGCUAACUGAGAAGACAAGUGCUAUGGAAAGGGAGUUGUUCUUAGUUUUGGGAAAAGGGGGAAUUCUGCUAGUUUGAUGUGGAUUUCCCAACAAGGGCAAAAAGCCCUGUCAAAGCUGAGAAUAACAUGGUUCAACUAGAAUCAAUGGGAAAGUUAGUUAGGAUUUCAGUUCUUCCGGUAGGGAUAAGGGUUAUAUGUGGAAAUGUAGUUUUAUCUGAGGCUGGGAAAGGCAGGGGUAUUCAGUUAUAUGCUUUGCUCAGGGUAAUCAACAUAAAGCUGAUUUUAAAAUGGUGCAUUAGAGAAGCUUUCUCAGACCUAAACUAGUACUAACAGCCAAUGCAGUUUUUUUGUUAAAUGCACAAUGGUUUGCUAGAGUUUAGGGGGUGAAAUUGUUCCUCCUUGUUACAUUAUAUUAAGUUAGUGGUGUUGGCUAAAUAUAUUAAUUAAGCAAGCAACUUGAUCAUACGGGUUCGAUCAUACUUAUUAGUAUGAUUGAACCAGGUAGCCCAGUGGUCAGAGUGUUGGGCCAGUAACCGAAAGGUUGCUGGAUUGAAUCCCCGAGCUGACAAGGUAAAAAUCUGUCAUUCUGCCCCUGAACAAGACAGUUAACUCACUGUUCCCCGGUAGGCUGUCAUUGUAAAUAAGAAUUUUUCUUAACUGACUUGCCUAUUUAAAUAAAGGUUACAUUAAAAAAUAAAUAAUAAUGAAACAUUAA